AUGAAAUCCGCUAUUUUGCUUGUGAUGAUGCUCUCGACGCUGUUUGGUUUCUCCUGGGGAGGUGCCUUGAUUAGUAAACGGCAGUCCGAGCCGGCUAAGAAACAGGUUGCCACUGAUAUCUGUGACAGAAGGUACCAUUCUAGUGCAGUUGUAGGCGAAAAGCUCUGGAUAAACGCCGGCCAGAAUAUUAUAAACAGAACGGCGAGUACAGAGGACUUCACCAAUUUUAACUAUAUCCAAUACAUCGACCUAUCCACAAGGUGGACUAUUAGCAGUCCAGACCUCACGAGCGAAACCAAACCGACUUCCGUAGUAACUGUUCAAGAGGCCUGUGCCUGGAGUGAUGGGGUCGAUUUCUACCAAUACGGAGGCUGGCGAGCCAGCUCAGAUCAGGAGAGUUUCAGAGUAUGGGACUAUGAUGGAUCUGAAUGGUCACCUGUCUCUCCUGGGACUGUAAACCGCCUAGCUUCAGGCGCUUGUACUGAUGCGCCUUUGAUCAAGAAGUCGUAUGCGUAUGGUGGAUUUCAGAACUCGCAGACAACAAGCGAUCCGUGGUUGAUAUCCGUAUGGGCGGGAUAUGGAAGUUCAAAUUUGAUUGAGUUUGACUGGGAUACAAAGACCGCGCGGAAUGUAACUUAUACAGAUCAGUCGAAUGAUCCUGCGGGAACGCUGGAUAAUGGGGUAGCGUAUGUUCCUGUGGGGAGUCAGGGUAUUCUGGUGGCUAUCAGUGGAAGGAGGUCAAACGCAGAAGACGGAUUUUCUCAGUUGUCAGGCUUUUCCGAAAUCCGAGUCUUCGACAUUGCAUCGUCAACCUGGUAUUACCAGGCUACUAAGGCAGCAUCGCCAACGGAUGGCAUACCUAAUGCCCGGGUGCAGGCCUGCACGGUGGUUGUUCCCGCUGCGGACAACAGUUCUUACAAUAUCUACAUGUUUGGGGGUCCAGCAACGACAACAUAA